AUGUCUGUUUUCAAGGAAAUUCAAGGAGACAUUAAAUUGUUGUGUGCAUUAGCUGGUAAAGUUGAUGUAAAAGGUGGGCUGAAGAGCUUUGGCCUCUUUGUUAUAAACACACAUGUUCCUAGGUUGUUCCACGCAAAACAAAAACAGCAAAUGGCCGAUCCAGAAUUGGCAUCAAAGCUGGCCAAACGUCUGGAGAACAUCGACAACUCCAACGGCGAGGAAGUCUUACCCUUUGUCAAAGAUCCUCCUCCAGUUCCGCUAAUCCCUGAAAAGGUCGUUCCAAACCCUUAUGUCGCUUCGGAUGACACUGUGUCAAUUGAUGACCUCAUCGCGAAAACAUUGAAACGAAAUGAACGUGUAGAAGAAAACAACAAUAAUGUAAAAAGCAUGACAAGUUCAACAGACAUUGCGGACACACAUACUCCGAGCAGUUCAGCGGUUGCGCAGCCAGAAGUUCAGCUAGUGAAACAAACAUCUAUGGAAGUAAUAACUAAUGAGCACAGGCCAGCUACUCCCAACAGCCCUUCUCCGAAGGCGCCUCCUCCAAAGACUACCAUUGGCGAACUGCUCGUGAAAGAUCAAAAGCCCGUACCACCUGCAGGCGUCAGCAGAUGUCCGGUGGUACCGAUACAACACCAUCGGCCGAAAGCGGAGGUGAAGCAGAGGCAGAGCCCCGAGGAGGACGGCAGUGAAUUAGAAAGAAAGCUGGCUGCUCAAAGGGCCAAAAAACGUUAUGAGACCACACCUCAGGAUUCGAAUGUAAUUUUUUCGAAUUCAAAUGAAUCAAAUAGUCCAAGGACAAUUGGAAGUACUAAACCAGAGAUGGCCGAAGCGUCAGUGGCGGUGACAAAUGAGCGUAUCGAACAAAAUAAUGACGAACCAGUUCAUCCGCAGUCAACCUCCGUCGAAGUACACGCUGAAGUUCACGUUGACGGCGAUGACAGGCCUUCAAGCGGAACAUCUUCAACUGCCUUAAUAGCGCAGCAAAAACAGAACGAGUUGUCUCCACCGCCGUCCUCUCCUCUGCCACCGGGUGAAACUCCUGAGAAAGCGCUAGAGGAGAACACUGCGCGAGAUCCCGUUGGGAAAGUUUCUGAGGGAACAGUGGACGCAGAUGAUCUGCGAAACCUAGUGAUGGAGGAGUUGAAGAAGAACAAAGUCAGUAUAGAAGAGAUGAUUGUGCUGAAAGGAAUGGAGCAGGGGAAAAGCGACAGGACUUUUUCGCCGUCGAGAGAGCUGCUGGAAAUGAUUCAGCGGGAAAACGGAAUUCGUAGUCCUCCGCCGAUACCGCCGCCAAAACCACAAACUCCUUCGCAUAGUCGGCCACAAUCUCCAUUGGUUGCAAAGAAGUUUUCGUUCGGUCAGUCAUCAGUUGGGGAGCAGAAGAUGUUUGCUGAAAGACAGAACAAGCCGAGUCUCAUAACGCAGAAACAAGCAUUAUCAGUUGAUAGUGGUGAUGAGUUGUCUGCUUUGCUAGAGCGAAGGAAUAAGAUUAUCCAAGGUGAAUCUGUACCGGAGAUGAUCCACAAAAAACUCUCCCUAUACGCUGAAUUUUCGGAGUUUUCCAGAAAACAAAUCAAGUUUUUCACUGAAACAUUCAAAAAGUACGACGAAGACGGUGACGGAUUUAUUGAUUUUGACGAACUUAAAAGGAUGAUGGAAAAACUUGGCGAGGCGCAAACACAUAUUGCACUAAAGGAAAUUAUUAGAAAGGUUGAUGAAGAUCAGGAUGGGAAGAUUUCGUUACGAGAAUUUUUCCUACUUUUCCGCUUUGCUUCUCAAAAUCAGCUCGGAUGCUCACAAGUGUUCCAAAUUCUAGCCGAUAGCGUUGAUGUAUCCAAAGAAGGCGUACUAGGGGCCGCUAACUUCUUCCAAGCAAAGAUCGAAGAACAAACAAAACUUUCACGAUUUGAACAGGAAAUGAAGGAAGAACAAGAGGAGCGAAAACGAUUAGAAGAGGAGAAGAAAGCUCGACGUGAAAAGUUCCUCCAAAACAAAAGUAUAUUCCAGUGA